AUGCUCCCGGCAGGCACAUUAUGGUGUCUGAUCUCUCUCACGCGCGUGACAGUGGCGGGCGUCACGAUCCCCAAGGUGACUGGAAACCUCAAGGACGGCGUCGUCGGCUUAAGGGCUGAUCUCUUCGCCGCCAGCAGUGACAUCAAGUUCUAUAUCGGUAAAGGAGCCCAGGUCAAUAUCGAUCUGAACCCGGAUGUUAAGUCUAGCGGCCCUUUCAAGGGGUAG